GUCACCAUCAAUAAAUCCAGAUGCAGGCCCAGGAAGGCAACAGGAGGGCAAGUUCGUUGAACUGCCUCAUGCUGAAAUGGGCAAGGUGAUUGUGCGGUUCCCGCCUGAGGCGUCAGGCUAUCUCCACAUAGGCCACGCUAAAGCGGCAUUGUUGAACCAGUACUACCAAGAAGCGUUUAAAGGCAAACUCAUCAUGAGAUUUGAUGAUACCAACCCUGCAAAGGAAAAUGCUGACUUUGAAAAGGUGAUAUUAGAAGACGUAGAAAUGCUGGAAAUCAAGCCGGACAUGUUCACGCACACGUCGCAGUACUUUGACCUAAUGCUUCAGCUCUGUGAGAAACUCAUCAAGGAGGGCAAGGCCUUCGUUGAUGACACGCCCGCCGAGCAGAUGAAGAAUGAGCGUGACCAGAAAGUUGAAAGCAGGAAUAGGAAUAACUCUGUCGAAAAGAACCUACAACUAUGGGAGGAGAUGAAGAAAGGCAGCAAAAUCGGUGUCCAGUGUUGCGUCCGUGCAAAGAUCGAUAUGCAAUCGGCGAACGGCUGCUUGAGAGACCCCACGAUUUACCGCUGCAAGCCCGAGGCGCACCCUCGGACUGGCACGCAGUACAAAGUAUACCCGACUUACGAUUUCGCGUGCCCAAUAGUAGACGCAAUCGAAGGGGUGACCCAUGUACUACGUACGAUGGAGUACCACGACCGCGAUCCACAGUUUUACUGGUUCAUAGAAGCGCUGGGCCUGCGCAAACCUUACAUCUGGGAGUACAGUAGAUUGAGUAUGACGAAUACUGUAUUGUCCAAGAGAAAAUUGACGUGGUUCGUCGAACAAGGACUUGUGGAUGGUUGGGAUGACCCUCGUAUGCCAACAGUACGCGGAGUAUUACGGCGCGGCAUGACUGUGGAAGGUCUUAGACAAUUUAUCCAAGCACAAGGCUCCAGUCGCUCUGUAGUCUUCAUGGAGUGGGACAAGAUUUGGGCUAUUAACAAAAAGGUCAUUGACCCUAUAGCCCCACGUUACACAGCAUUAGAAUCGAACCCAGUGCCAGUAAAUCUGAAAGGUGUCUCUUCAGACAGCUUCUUGAACAUCGCUCUGCAUCCCAAGAAUCCAGACGUUGGUACCAAAACUAUAUGGGUAUCAAAGAGGUUACUCAUUGAUCAAGUUGAUGCUAAGACUUUAAAGGAGGGAGAAAACGCCACGUUUAUUAAUUACGGGAAUGUUAUGAUUGACAAGAUUCAUAAGGCUCCAGACGGCACAGUGACCAAUAUAGAUGCGACCCCAAAUCUCGAUAACAAAGACUACAAAAAGACACUCAAGUUAACUUGGUUAGCGGAAUCACCUCAGUCCCCGAUGCUCGAAGUGUACUGCGUUUACUUUGAUCACAUUAUAUCCAAGCCUCUUUUAGGUAAAGAUGAAGAUUUUAAGCAAUAUAUUGGACAUCAAACUAGGUGGGAGAUCCCCAUGCUAGGCGAGCCGGAACUGGCUAAACUGAAAGUGGGUGACAUAAUACAACUACAACGUCGCGGCUUCUUCCGCGUUGACGUUGCCCCUACACCCCCUUCGCCGCACACUUCGCGGGCCACCCCACUCGUGUUGUUCCACGUCCCUGAUGGACACACUAAGGAGAUGCCUGGGCAGCCAAAACCAGUCCAGACAGCAACAAAGCAGCAAACACCCGCGUCCUCCAGCGCUUCUGAUGCGGCCAAGUUAAAUGAUCAAAUUACCAAGCAAGGAGAACUUGUCCGAUCUUUGAAGACCGCUAAGGCAGACAAGACCAAAGUCGACGAAGCCGUCAAAGUCCUACUAGACUUGAAGACCAAGUACAAAGUCACUACAGGACAGGAGUGGAAGCCUGGAGCAACAUCUGCACCAGCAUCAGCUCAAGUCACGAGCCCAGCAGGCGACGCAGUCAGGUUAAACGAAGAGAUCGCUAAACAGGGCGACCUUGUACGGUCAUUGAAAACAGCCAAGGCUGAGAAAGUCAAAGUUGACGAAGCUGUCAAGGUCUUACUUAAUCUGAAAGCCAAGUACAAAGCCGCUACUGGACAGGAGUGGAAACCUGGAACAGCCCAAGCACCAACACAAGUCAAAGGACCUUCUGGGGAUGCAAAUAAACUCAAUGAAGACAUUGGUACUCAGGGAGAUCUAGUACGAUCCUUGAAGGCCGCAAAGGCCGAGAAGGCCAAGAUCGACGAGGCAGUUAAAAUCUUAUUGGACCUUAAGACAAAAUACAAACAAGCCACUGGACAGGAUUGGAAACCCGGAGCAGCCUCACCAGCAUCGGCCGUUGCUUCAGAAGAUGCAACAAAAAUAAAUGAAGAGAUCACCAAACAAGGAGACCUCGUGCGCAUGCUGAAGACCGCCAAAUCGGAGAAGGCUAAAAUCGACGAGGCUGUCAAAGUUUUACUUGACUUGAAGACCAAAUACAAAGCUGCUACAGGCCAGGAAUGGAAGCCCGGAGCAUCCCCUGCACCUACCAUAGCGAGUGCAGCGCAGGUCUCUGAUCUUUCGGCGCAGAUCUCCACACAAGGGGAGAAAGUACGCAAACUGAAGACCGAGAAAGCUGACAAGUCUACCGUGGACGUUGAGGCGGCAGCGAUGAACGGCAGCGACUCCUCGGCAGCCCUCGCCAAUGAAGUGGCCAAACAAGGCGAGGUGGUCAGAGACCUCAAGUCUAAGAGAGCUGAUAAGGCAUUAAUAGAUGCAGAAGUCAAGAAGCUUUUAGAGUUAAAGACGAAAUACCAGCAAGAGACGGGCACGGCGUACGCUCCGCCGGCGCAGCCCAGAGAGUCCAAGCUAAAAGAGAAAAAGGAGAAACCGAAGGAACAGAAAAAGGAGCCUAAAGAACCGUCGCCGAAACCGGAGAAAAAGGAAUCAUCUACCGGUGUAAAGAAGAUCACUCGAUUGGGGCUGGAAGCCAGCAAAGACAAGGAUUUGCCGGAGUGGUACUCGCAGGUUAUUACCAAAUCCGAGAUGAUCGACUACUACGACAUUUCCGGUUGCUACAUUCUGCGGCCGUGGUCGUUCAGUAUUUGGGAGCGCAUACGCAACUUCUUGAGUGAUAAUUUCAAACGCCUCGGCGUCAAAGACGGAUACUUUCCAAUUUUCGUCUCUAAGGCUGCCUUAGAACGCGAGAAGACGCACAUAGCAGACUUCGCUCCAGAGGUAGCAUGGGUGACACACUCAGGGUCUUCAGAACUAGCCGAGCAUAUUGCUGUGAGACCCACCUCCGAGACAGUCAUGUACCCCGCGUACGCACGCUGGAUACAGAGCCAUCGUGACCUGCCACUGAAGCUCAACCAAUGGAACAACGUCGUGCGAUGGGAGUUCAAACAACCGCAGCCGUUCCUCCGCACGCGCGAGUUUCUCUGGCAAGAAGGUCACACCGCCUUCCGAACUAAAGAGGAGGCCGCCGAUGAGGUGCUAACAAUUCUUGAACUAUACGCCCAAGUGUACGAAUAUUUACUAGCCAUCCCCGUGGUCCGCGGACGCAAAACCGAAAAGGAGAAGUUCGCUGGCGGUGACUAUACAACCACUGUUGAGGCUUAUAUCCCUGCUAGCGGAAGAGGCAUACAGGGCGCAACAAGCCAUCACUUAGGGCAGAACUUCUCCAAAAUGUUCGAAAUAGUGUACGACGAUCCUGAUACACACGAAAAGGCGUACGUGUAUCAAAACUCUUGGGGACUUACUACUAGAACUAUUGGUGUAAUGGUUCUUGUACACGGCGAUGACCGAGGUCUAGUUCUGCCUCCACGCAUAGCUGACAUCCAAGUAAUCGUAGUACCGUGUGGUAUCACCGCUUCCUGUACACCGGAGGAACGCACGACGUUAAUGGACUCGUGUCAACAGCUUGUAGAAGACUUCAUAGCGGGCGGAAUUAGGUGUAAUGGCGACUAUAGAGACAAUUAUUCGCCGGGAUGGAAAUUCAACCAUUGGGAACUGAAGGGCGUUCCUAUAAGAGUAGAGCUCGGUCCAAAAGACAUGGCCAAAGGCGAGGUUGUGGCGGUGCGCAGAUUCGACGGACAGAAGCUCACGCUCAAGCGCGCCGGCGCAGCCAAGGAGCUCAGCGCUUUACUUGAAAAAACGCACAAUGAUAUGUAUGACAAAGCUACAAAGGAACGUGACGCCCGGAUUUCUCUAGUGACAAAGUGGGACGACUUCACAGACGCGUUGGAGCGCAAACACGUUUUACUCGCACCCUUCUGCGGAGACAUACCUUGCGAGGAUAAGAUCAAAGCUGAUAGUGCUAGGACCGAUGACGAUCCGGCAACAGAAGUGAAAGCUCCAGCUAUGGGUGCAAAGGCCUUGUGUAUACCCUUCAAACCACCGCGUGAGCUUACCUCAAACGACCGAUGCAUAAAUCCCGCGUGCAACUACAAACCGAAAUUCAUUACUUUGUUUGGACGAAGCUACUAAUUUAAGAAGUUCAGUUUUAUUAAGCUACAUGUAUGUAUGAAUUAAUAGUGACCAUAAGUCGAGUAUGGUGACUCCAUACAAACGUAAAAGCGCAGUUUGUAGUUAGUUUGUACAUUCGCAUAAUUUUGUGAUGCAUAGCGCAGUAGAACUGGCACGACAGGACGCGACUUGUGCGAGAGCGACACAAAGCGCGCAAUCUCUAUGCGAGAAUAGCAGUAUCUAGCUCUACUGGUCAUCCCGCGCGCCUUGCAUAAUUAUGAAACUGUGUGCAUCCGUGCGCGCGGUGGGGGUACACACACAUAGACCGCUCUUCUGUGUAUGAAUGAAGCUACCAUACUUGUCUUAUUAUUGUGUUGUCUACAAGAUAUUCAUCAAGUAUUAAUUUGUUAAUAAAACAGAGGAAUUAAAUACAUACAAGGUGUGGGGCUAGAUUAAAUGGACGUAGUUCCCUUUUUAUUGCCAGCCAUUGAGUCUUCCAUGCU